UUAAAUAUUUAUUUUUAAGCAGAAUAUGCCAAAACUUCAAAAACAACAACAAAAAAUCCCUCCACCAGCUCCCCCAGCCUUACCUCCUCCAAAUUUAUCACUUCUCAGUUAUGUCAGAAAAAACGAAGAAAUUCCAAAUAGAAAUGGCUGGCAAAGAAGGCCUUCACCAACAAUAACUACACCAACAACAACAAAUACUCCAAACAGAAAAGAAGAAAUUAAUAAUGAAAAUGAAUGGAAGGAAAAUAUCAAAUUUAAACAGAGAAGUAAUAGAACAAAGUUUCUGGUUCAUAUAUUGUUAUUUGCAUUGUGUUGUUCCCUUCUAUUAAUGGCCCUCCCUUUACUUUUAUUAUGGUUUACAAAUCCAAAUAUAUUACAACAACAACAACAACAACAUUCAACAACAAUUUCUCCACCACAAACAAAUAAACAACAAAAACAUUUAAAAAAAGAAGAAAAUAAAUUAAUUUUAGAAAAUAAUUCAACAAAAAAUUUAUUUUCUUUUUUAAAUUUUAAUAGAGAUUUGUCUAUUGAACCAGCAAUUUUGGCUAAAUUAAUAUUAGAAGAGGAAGGGAAUAAUCCGAGUAAAUUAAGAAUUUUUGAAGUUAGAAGUGAACAAACAAUUAAUAAAGAUGGUGGACAAAAACUAAAUGGAGAAAGGUAA